AUGGAUAAAACAAAUCCUUCAUAUUUAAUUUUUUCACCGAGUUAUAAUUAUAUUAUUACGGAUAAAUUUAAAUUACCAACUAAAUUAAAUAAACAUGAUUCGGCGACUCGUUUACGAGUCAACGACGACGGACUAAAAGUUGUAUGUGAAGGAGCUGGAUAUGGUGAAGCUGGUGCUAUAAGAGCAAAUCGUUCUGUGCCACCCGAGGUCGGAUUAUUUUAUUACGAAAUAGUUAUAAUUGAUAGAGGAGUUCAUGGGUUAGUACCUAAAUUAAGAAAUAAUUAA